AUGAUUUUGUCUCAAUAUUUACGCCCUGCCCUACUGGUAUUCCUCCUGCCCUCGGCAGCUUUUGGACGCUCUAUUCCCUUAAUCCUUGGAGACAACACCCAGGGUCCACUUCUGAAGCCAGGAUGUGAUGAUGGCACUGGAAUAGUUGACCCAGAUGGCAAAUGCAAUGGCACUGGGGUUGUGGACGACCCAAUGCCCCAUGAUCGAGAAGGAUUCCAGUUCGAGAACCCAUCCACAGAUUGCAAAUAUGCGUCUCAACCGCAUAUUUGGGACUCAUUCAAGCAUCUUGAGAAGGACAUGAGCAAGCUAUUCACGCUGAUCCACAAAAAUGUCAGCUUCACUGUUGUCGGGCAUCACCCAAUCGCCGGCCGCUACCACGACCUGAUGCACUUCUACGUCAACGCUCUACGUCGAGUCAGCAUGUUGUUUUUUGACCACGCAGAUCUGUUUGAGAUCCACCCCCAGGGAAUCUAUGGUGGAUGUAACGCUGAAUGGUCAGUGGAGGAAAUUCAGUUCAAAGGUGUAAUGAAUUCCGGCGACAAGUUCGAUAUUAUUAAUGUUUGGGUUACACGCUGGCAUAAUGGCCAGAUGAUAGAGAUCCGCACGUACAUCGAUGCACCGAUGAUCAUGGAUGCGCUGCACAAGAAUGAAAUAUGGUGGAAUGGCACAACUCUCCGGGACAAUCUCCAGUAUAUGCCGGGGCCAGCGGGGAUGCCAGAUAUGAAGGAAAUUGAGGGAAUGAUGGGAUAUCCAGAUGGAAGCAAAUACAAUGAUUAA